AUGGGACUUGCGAAGUACUGGCAAGUCAUUACCGAGGAUGACUAUGUGGCUGGAACAUGGAGACGAGACCUUGUGUACGGUCUUCUGUGGUACCAGGAAAGACCUGCCCCUAAGAAACCUCGGUCAAAGGACUAUCGUGUCAAGCCUCUUUUUGGAACCCAUGAGAUCAAAAGGCUGACGGGUCUAAUCCUUGAACGCGUGGCUGGAAAGAAGGUCUUCAAACGAAUUGGAAUGUUUGAACACGGAUGGUUUCAGCACCGUCUCUCAAACGGCGAGUGGCCUCUCUUCAUCGACUGGGAUCCUCUUCGCGAGAAGAAGACCACACUGACCAUCAUAUGA